CGGCGGGAGAACGCAAUCAUUUACUCAGAUUAGGGAAGAGGAAACGGUCUGCAUUCAGCGAGUGGUACACACACACAGAAAAAAACCUAUAAAAAUGGUGAGGACCAAGGCUGACAGCGCUCCUGCCACUUACAGAAAAGCUGUUGCUGCAACAGCACCCAGAAAGUCCCUUGGGGCCUCCAGCUCUGCAAACACACCUGCCAGCUCGUCUGCAGGCACACCUUCCAAAAAUAAAUAUGCAGGUGGCAACUCUGUGUGCCCCCGGCCAACCCCGACCUGGCAGAAGGGGAUUGGUGAUUUCUUUGGCGGUCCCAGCAGCCGUCCAGAGAAGGAAAAGGAGAACCUGUUCCCCUCGGACGAUGAGGAGGCAGGGGGCAGCGGGGUGGGGAAGGCACCCAGGAAAGCCCGGCCUUUGCCUGAUGAAGACGAUGGUGCAGAAACUGAGGCUUGAGCUUUGAUUCCUCCAGAAAAACUUUCUUUUAAAUAAAGCCAUGCUGGAUACUUGAAAGGGCUACGAUUUUACUAUGUACAUCCAUGUAUAUAUAUUUGUUGUGUAGUAUGUUUGUCUGUUGUACAGAACAUGAAUAAAAGUUAUAAAUUCACACUUGAA